AUGCAGCUACUGUCAGCAAGUUCAAGCACUCCAUUCGUCGCUAUGUCGACAGUAAACGCUGGGAACGAGUGUUAUCUUAGGACCAACAAUAGUAACAGCAACGGUAUCAGCGAUAACCGCUUCAGAAAAAAAAAGCUUUCUGAGGAUUUGUUGAAAGCCGAUUUUGUCGAAGACACAGCCGGUAACCCAAUGAUUUACCCCAUGGUUUUAUCUGCUCCAACAUAUAUAAAAACUGAACAUCUCCAAGAAUUGGAGCAUAAACAGCAAGGAUCAAAUCUGUUGUCUGAAAUGUUUACCAAAAAUAUUUUCAAUUCACAUUCUGCAAUGUUUGUUUACUCUGAAAUCCCUCAAAUAAGUUCGGUUCAGUCAUUCAUUGGUUCUGACACCUCUGUCCUUGUUGCUGAUGCCUCUUCAGAAAAAAAUUCAUUGUUUGUGUACUCAAAUACUGGUAUAUCUUUUGAUCCGUCAGAUGAGGAUCCAUGCCCUUACGAGGCUAAUUUUGAUCCAGGACAACUAUUCUCAGCGGUAUCCGCAGUAGAAGACGGUUCUAUGGCAACAUUGACAGCUCCCACUAUGUCAUUAGAAGGUGUCGUUAAUUCCAAAAAAGGAAUAUGUCAACUUAGACAGCAUAACAGAAUCGAGGGAUUUGAUUCUUCCCAUGAAUUCAAAGUCUUGGGAUCAAUGUUCCUUAACCAUUCGUACGUACCGCUGGUUCGUGGACGUAGUUUCGGAGGAAACAAUUGUAGACCUCCCAAAGAGCCAUUAAUUCCUGGAACCCGGUACGUUGCUGCCCAUCUAAGAUUGGAAAACAAUACCUGCGAGGAUAUGUGUCUCCCAGAAUGGAACAAGCAUGAGCUUGAAGAUAGUAGAAGAAUCAUUCGUAUAGAGAGAAGAUACCAGUCGAAUGAAAUUGUGGCCUCUUUUUCUAUAGUUGGGUCUGCUAAAGAGAAUCCACAAACAAAGCCUUCAAGCGAUCCUGACGUGAAAGUUUUGGAAGUCUCGUGUCUGAAAUGUUUCAUCAACGGCAACGAAUCUGACGAGCAAUUUGUGACUGAAUGUCAGUCAGAUGAAGCGCAUUAUGGCUUCACAGAGUUACCAAAACAAAACUUUAGCAGAAAAUCAAAAGGCUGCAGCCACAAAAUGGCAAAUAACACGAUUGCAUGCCAAUACUAUAUUACCAGCGUCGAAGUCAUCAAGAUUAUUGAAUUACUGGUCGGAGGCUAUACAGUUUCUGAUCCUCGGCAGAGGAGGAAAGAAAGAGGCCGCGUGAGAUCAAACUUGGCUCAAUUCUGGUCCAAACACUUAGUUUCUUCUUCCAAGAAAACGAUGAAGCGCCCUGCGAUGCUAGCAUGCAACGAGGAUUAUCUUGCAGAGCUGGAACAGCGUAUCAACACCUAUGACGUGAGAAAGCCGCGACUAUUUGAUAAGAGCGUUAAGAUUCUCGAAUGGCCUAAUCUUGGACCAGCUUUGCAGCGGGCUAUUCAGAGCUAUUACAUGGUGCAACUGGAAGAAUCCAGCAACUAG